UUGAGAAGGUAAAGACGGUAUUGUUUUUAUUCACAUUCGCUCUUACUCAACUGAGUGAAACACAGGCAGACCUGCAGGAUGGGAAAUCACCUUGCGUGGAUAAAGGAAGGGGCUCUGGGCAACACAGCAGCAGGUGAUCACCCCAGGUUGAGACUUGAGUUUGGAUCUACAACCUUGAACCAUUCAUCACAGGCUGUAUAUGUCCAUGAACGUAUGACAGCAGUUAAACCGAAAAUGAUUUUCAUUUUUUUCAAAGACUAACGAGGCGUUUGGUUUGUGUUUUUCUGUUUAGACCCCUCCAGGCUGCCGUCCAGAUGUCGCUGCACAUGACCUCGCACCUCUGUCUGCUGGUCCUACCAGUGAUGUCGCUGCUGCUGCUCCUCUCUCCAAUUGGUUGGAGCUACGAAGGCCUCACCCCUGGCUGUCACCUUUACCCCUUCAACGUGACCAUCCGCAGUGACCGCCGCAGCACAUGUAAAGGCACCCAUCUGGUCUACGCCUGCGUGGGCUACUGCGAGUCCAGCGCCUUCCCGUCCAGAUACUCCGUCCUGGUGGCCUCCAACUUCACCCACAACAUCACCUCAGCCUCACAAUGCUGCACCAUCAGCAAGGACGCCAAGGUGAGGAGCGGAGGGAGGCCACUGCAACAUGAACUACAGCAUUCAGUUUCUAUUUUUGUUUUUGUUCACCUUGGCGUGCGUCUUGUCUCCCCUCAGGUCAAAGUUCGCCUGGACUGCCCUCGUGGCCGUCACCAUGACGAAAUCGAGAUCCUGACGGCAAAGGCGUGUCGCUGCGACAUGUGCCGCAAGUCCCGCUACUGACACAUCAGCACAGUAAAGCUGUGUGGCAACUGUUGACCGGGAUAAGAACCAAACUACAGUUUAAAUUACAGAAAUACAAGAGUUUCAUUGAUGCACCAGUAACUAUCUACUUUUUCUAUCUGCAGUUUGUCGACCUGUUUUGAAUUUUGAGGAAAAAUUCACUUGAACUUAUCUGAUUGAAAACAAAUUGGCCUUCCCACCAUGCUCCUGUCAAAACCAGGGUGUCCUUCAUUUGUUUUCUUUAAGAAUGAAAAUAAGCUUUAGAAAAAAUGAUGGAAAGAUAGAAACAUCUCUGCAGGAUGACUUAAAUAAUGUGACUGAAAUUUUCUACUAAAAGCAAGUGAACUUCCUUCAGACAGAGUGAAAUUAGCUCUGGACCCGA